GAAGGGGCCGAGGUCGCCAUCUUGUUGGCUGGAGAGAGUUUGGAGGAGGGGGAGAACCGAUUUGCGGCCGGUGGUGGAGGAGGGGGACCGAGGCACGGCGGUUCAACCCCGGUUUUAAAGUUAAAGGAAAAUGUUUUACGCUCACUUUGUCCUCAGUAAGCGUGGGCCGCUGGCCAAAAUCUGGCUGGCGGCCCACUGGGAUAAGAAGCUCACCAAAGCUCAUGUGUUUGAGUGCAACCUGGAAAGCAGUGUGGAGAGUAUUAUUUCCCCUAAGGUGAAAAUGGCUCUGCGGACUUCUGGGCAUCUCCUCUUGGGAGUAGUAAGGAUCUACCACCGGAAAGCAAAGUAUCUCCUGGCUGACUGCAAUGAAGCUUUCAUCAAAAUUAAGAUGGCUUUCCGUCCUGGUGUUGUGGAUUUACCUGAGGAAAACAGAGAGGCUGCAUACAAUGCCAUUACUCUGCCUGAGGAAUUCCAUGACUUUGAUCAGCCGCUACCUGAUCUGGAUGACAUUGAUGUGGCUCAGCAGUUUAGCUUGAACCAAAGUCGAGUUGAGGAGAUUACAAUGAGGGAAGAAGUUAGCAACAUUAAUAUCCUGCAAGAUAAUGAUUUUGUUGACUUUGGCAUGGACGACCAAGAGAUGAUGCGAGAAGGCAGCGCUUAUGAAGAUGACAUGUUGACGACCAGCGCUUCCAAUCUGUUGCUGGUGCCUGAACAGAGUACCAGUCAGCUAAAUGAGAAGAGUAACCACCUGGAAUAUGAUGACCAAUACAAAGAUGACAACUUUGGAGAGGGAAAUGAUGGAGGCAUACUAGAUGACAAACUUCUAAGCAAUGAUGCAGGGGGAAUCUUUGAUGACCCUCCUGCGAUGCCUGAAGAAGGUAUUGCGAUGCCCGACCAGCCUGUCCAUGAUGAUCUGGAUGAUGAUGACAAUGUUUCAAUGGGAGCACCAGAUAGUCCAGAUUCUGUGGAUCCAGUGGAGCCUCUUCCAACCAUGACUGAUCAAACAACCCUGGUUUCUAAUGAACAGGAAGCAUUUGCACUGGAGCCCAUUGAUAUCACAGUCAAGGAGACCAAGGCUAAAAGGAAGAGGAAACUGAUUGUGGACAGUGUUAAAGAGUUGGACAGCAAAACUAUUCGUGCUCAACUCAGCGAUUACUCGGACAUUGUUACUACACUGGAUUUGGCACCUCCUACGAAGAAGCUGAUGAUGUGGAAGGAGACUGGUGGUGUGGAGAAAUUGUUUUCAUUGCCUGCACAGCCAUUAUGGAACACCCGGUUACUUAAGCUGUUUACACGCUGUCUUAUACCACUUGUUCCCGAUGAGCUCAGAAAGCGAAGGAAAGGGGGUGAAGCAGACAAUCUUGAUGAAUUCCUCAAGGAGUUUGAGAAUCCAGAAGUCCCAAGAGAAGAACUUCGUCAUCAAGAUGUUAUUGAUCAACCAAUCUUGGAAGAAGCUAGUCGUCUGCAAGAGUCAUUGAUGGAGGGUAGUCGAACUCAUUUGGACGAGACCAUAAUGCCACCCCCUCCACCUCAACAAGGAGUAAAACGUGACUCCAUGCAAAUGGAACCAGAACCAAUGCCUGUGAUGCAGGAAGCAGAACCACAGAUUGAAAUGCCGCCACCUCCACUGCCCCCUCCAGCAGAGUUUCCACCAGAAGAGCCUCCGAGCAUCAGUGACUUAAUCCCCGAGCUAAAUCUCCUGCCAGAAAAGGACAAGGAAAAAGAUGAGGAGGAAGAAGAAGAGGAGGAAGAUGCCACAGGGACUGAGCAGGAUCAAGAGGAGAGGCGGUGGAAUAAGAGAACACAGCAGAUGCUCCAUGGUCUUCAGCGAGUUCUUGCUAAAACAGGAGCCGAGUCCAUCAGUUUGCUUGACCUGUGCAGAAACACAAACCGAAAGCAAGCCGCCGCCAAAUUCUACAGCUUCCUGGUCCUUAAAAAGCAGCAGGCCAUCGAGCUGACCCAGGAGGAGCCUUACAGCGACAUCAUUGCGACCCCAGGACCGAGGUUCCACAUAGUCUGACCAGUCCAGAGCAAGUUUCUUCCAAGCACCAAUCAUCAUGGGCCUUGCUGGAGCAACUCGCAGGAGCUGUGUAAUAUAUAUAGGCUCCUCCCACACCAACCUACUGGCUUAUUCCAUUUACUGUUGGUAGUUCCCCCCGGCUAAUGGUUUUGGUUGUUUUAAUCUAUGUACAAAGUUUGUCUUUUUAUUUUACCUUAAGUGAAACUCUUCUGUUUUUAUGGGCUGUAAUUGUGGGGCGGGUUGGUUUUAUUCCUAACGUUCAGUUCUAGAAUCCGCGGGACCUCGGCGUAUGAGAGCGACAGUUUGACAAACAGUAAGUGCGCGUGCGACUUUCAUGACAGUUGUGUGUAAUAUUAUAUCUAGAACCUCUGUCUUAGCUUGAUCUUAAAGCAGCUUUCUUUUCCCUCCCGGGGAUUUUUUUUAAAUUUAUUUUUUUUUUUACGCUGCACCUAAAUAUUAAAAAAUGUACAUUUUAUAUUUUGUCCACUUUUGUAUCUAAAAUUUAAAUAUGAGAAGAGAGGCAUGUUUGGCUGAUGUCCUAGUGGGUGAGUGUCUUUUUUUUGAAUACCCACUGGAAAAAAAAUAUAUAUAUUUUUUUUUAAUCCCAAGUGGCUCUAUUAUUUAAAGGGAAGGAAAGGUAUAAUUACCGGCUCACCUCCCGGAGUAUUAUAAUCAUUUACUGAAGGCCCCAGGCUGCUGCAGUAGUUCCCCCAAGCCAUGUGCAUAAUAGUCCAAGCCAUGUGCAUAAUAGCCCGGGCCAUGUGCACAUGCAAAGUAGAGUGAAAAGUCGAUUUUAUAAGUGAAAAGUGGCUUAUUCUUCUGCGCAUGGGCAACCAGCCGGGGGCCACAGAUCAGAUGCCAGAAGAAGAACUAAUGAUCCCAGUUGGGGCUUUUAGAGAAAUACCCCUCUGACUGGUACAUUUUUCAGCAAUGGCACCUCCCAGGUUCUUGGGUAAAGCCAUUAUAUUCGCUGGGGGGGAGGCGCUAACAUUUGGCACCCCCUGUUAUUAUACCUUUUCCUUCAAGAGCAUCCCAUUAAAAAUUUUAUCUUUAUCUGGUUCUUAAUUCCCAAAUGCUUGGUUUACUUGCUUUUUAGGAUCCCUCGUUUUAAUGAUUAAAAAAAAAAACCUCUCUGCUUUCCUCUUGUGUUUUCCUUGUUGUCCCUAUUUAUAGUCGUCAAUGUAAAAUGUGUAAAUAUAUCGACCUUUGGACAUUUCAUACAUUAAAGAAGUGCUCUAUAAAAGCCUCAAUCAUCUUGUCUUAUUCAUGCAAAAAAAACAAAAGUGUGAAAUAAGAAAAUAUACUGGAGCCAUCAGAUUGAACCCCUCCCCCCCCCCACCCAAAUCUACAUUUUAUAGAAUUCAGAACAAUUAUAAAUUAGGACUCAGCUGUGUUUUCCAUAAUUUGGUCAUUAAAGGGCUCGUUCACUUUACAAAUGUGUCUCUAUAAAUCUUUGCUGACAUUCCACUGCUGAUACUUACAAAUGUAUCAAAUGAGAAACACCGGAGGGAGAAAACUUUGGGCAAAUUCACAGAAAAAUAAAGGGGAACUCACUAAAAUGAAAAUUGAAUAAGCUUCAUCAUACUGAAAUAAGAAACUUUCUAAAUACAAUUAAUUAAAUAUUCUGCAUAAUUUCUGAAAUAAUCAAGUUUAUGUUCACUAUUCCUCUCUCAGCAUCUGUUUCUCUUCAUUCUCUCUUCAUGCAGCAGUUGGGUGUCAGAUAUUCAUUGACAGUUAGAUCCAAUAUAUCUUAUAGGGGGGCUCCUUUUGCCUAGAAGAUGUAUUAGAGCUCACUCUAUUAAAAUCACCAGACAUCAUGUCUCUCUACAUGCAGGAUUUGUGCAAAAGACAGUUAUUUUGUUAGAUUUUGUUUGUACUGGAAUCAGUUAUUUGAGUGAGCUCUGAUACAUCUGCUAGGAAAGGAGCCCUCCUAUAAGAUAUAUUGGAUCUAACGGUCAAUGAAUAUCUGACACCCAACUGCUGCAUGAAGACAGAAUGAAGAGAAACAGAUGCUGAGAGAGGAAUAGUGAAGAUAAACUUGAUUAUUUCAGAAACAGUACAGAAAGUUUCUUAUUUCAGUAUGAUGAAGCUUAGAUUCAAUUUUUGCAAUAGUUCUCCCUUUAAACAUUUGGCUUCCCCCUUGUAUUCCUGGUCUGUAUAUUUACAUAUUCUGCAGCUUCCUAAAUGUCUGUCAUGUCUCUGUUCUCUUUCUGUCUCUAUUCAUUGUAGGAUUCUCUUCCCUCUCCAUAAUAUCAUGCGAUUGCUGAGCAAUGACUUGCCAUGAAAUAAUACUGCACACUCCUGUCUGAGAAACAAGGUUUCGUCCCCAACAUUUCACUCCCAAAUUCUGUCUUGCGCCAUGUUUUUGCUCUUUCAUUAACCCUCUAAUUCUGUUGACUAGGGAUGCACCAAAUCCAGGAUUCGAUUCGGGAUUUGGCCUUUUUCAGAAGGAUUCGGUUUAGGCCAAAUCCUUCUGGCCAGCCAAACCAAAUCCUAAUUUGCAUAUGCAAAUCACGUGACAUUUUAUCCCAAAACGAGGAAGUAAAAAAUGUUUUCACUUUCAGACCCCUAAUUCAAAUUCGGUUUGGUAUUCAGCUGAAUCUUUCACAAAGGAUUGGGGGGAAUCAGUUGAAUCCAAAAUUGGGGGUUUGGGCCGAAUCCAAAAAUGGUGGUUUCGGCCCAAUCCAAAAAUGGGGAUUCCCGGCCCAAUCCCAAAAUGGGGGGUUUCGACCCAAUCCCAAAAUGGGGGGUUUCGACCCAAUCCCAGAAUGGGGGGGUUUCGGCCCAAUCCCAGAAUGGGGGGUUUCGACCCAAUCCCAGAAUGGGGGGGUUUCGGCCCAAUCCCAAAAAUGGGGCGUUUCGGCCCAAUCCCAGAAUGGGGGGGUUUCGGCCCAAUCCCAAAAAUGGGGCGUUUCGGCCCAAUCCCAAAAAUGGGGCGUUUCGGCCCAAUCCCAAAAAUGGGGCGUUUCGGCCCAAUCCCAAAAUGGGGCGUUUUGGCCCAAUUCAAAACAGUGGAUUCGGUGCACCCCUAGUUCUGACCUACAUAUUGUUGGGACUGGUAACCGUAACAGUGUCAUCUCCAAACAUCUAAUUUCUGGCAACUAUUGAGUCAAUCAAGAAGGUGAACUUGGAAAUGAUCUGCGGUUACUACUGUUUCUUUUCUCCCUAAGUUGGCUUUGGUUUAAUCAUGAUGACUUGACCCCUCCCCAGGAACCAUCUUCCCUUCUGCGACUCUUAUUUUGUCUAAUCGCCCCCAGUCCCCUUUGUAUAAAGAUCCCUUGUAGAUACGUUCGAUGUUUUAAAUAGAGACAAUCUGGUUUUUCAUGUUAUGCAUUUUAGUCGUUUUUUUAUUCCAUUGCUUAUCGACAAUAAUUGUUCAUGAAAAUAGUUGGUGCUGUGUUAUAUAUAAAUUUUCUAAUAAAAGUCUCAAUAACCAAA